CGAAUUCUCAACCAUGAACAGUCUCUCACUGCCAUUGCACCAUAGCCACGGCUACUGCUGAAGAGAAGGGCACUCGCGUCUGGACAGUCGCAAAGGAUUCAAACCCAUAGGUUGGUGCGUAGCUCACUGGGCGGAUUCACUUAUGAGCUGUGAACCUCUAACUGGGACAUGCGUCAAUGACCAUCCCGGAGCACUCCUGUGGCCCAAGAUUAAAUUGUGGAGUAAACAUCGCUAAGCAAUUGGCGGACAGUGACAGUGCGGAGAUGGAUCCUCACCCCGUGGGACGCGACAUGGGCCACAUUGUGGCGCCUUACCACCUUGUUAUUCAUAUAAGGCAUUUGUGGUGUCUCCCUCUAUUCUCUCACAACACAAACUCUGGUUUUUUUCGCCACAUCAUCAUUCGUUCGACAGCGAACCCUUCACGCAGCCCGCAUUGUUCUUCGCUAUUCUCUCAAAGAGCACGGCAGAAUCUCAUGGUGAAAACAAGGCUCCUCGUGCCCACGCCUGUGGCACCUUCGCGGCAGGACGGCGUUCAGCUCGUGUCGAAUUUUGAUCACUCAGGCUCGAGUACACUGCCCACGGAUGUUUCGUCCUUCUCAUUCGAUCUACGCUCUGCGUCGACAUACCGAUGGGCUGGGGAUGACUGGUUCGACCGUUUAUCGCGUUAUUCCCCUUUCCCAGGUUCCACAUCAUCAAGACCACCACCGGCUCUGUCUUUGACAGGCGAUUUGACCACGGUGGACACAUCUCAUGAGUUCACAAUACCAAACGCUCACGGGACCCAUAACCGGUUCGACGAGUCUCCAACCGCAGGCGGUUGUUCACUGCCACCUCCUCAGCCGAUGCCUUCACUGCCACAUCCGCAGUCCACUACCUAUGCGCCACCGAGCAACGCCACUUCAAGUCAAGCACAACUCGCCUGGCAACGACCACACACAACCCUCGCUCCGCCUGUGAGCUCGAGCAAUAUUUUCCCUCAUGCAUUAGACUUGCCCUCCGCCGAGACUAUUCGCGAGGAUCGACCUCGCAGGCCUCGCAAUAAGUGGAUAAUUUUCAGAUGCGAAUUUAUUAAGAAGAACCCCGGUACAAAGGAGGGCUGUCCUCCUAAUGCUAGUACGGCUGCGGCAAGAGCGUGGAAGGCGCUUUCUCCGCAAGAGCGGGUGCCGUACGAACAGGAAGCGAAACGCGAAGCCGAUGCCUUCAAGAAGAAAUACCCUGACUACAAAUAUCGACCCCGCCGAAAAGCGAAGAAGGUCACUGAAAAGAGCGAGGAUGGACUGCUUGACGGGAAAAAAAGAGCAGAAGAAACGUGUUGCGUCCAUUCGUUCAACUUAUUUGAACCUUCCUGGAUCUUCCACGCGUAGCAGUUUAGUAGGCGGUGCUGCUGACCGCCUCAAACACCGUACGCCGUCUAUCGCGAAUUCUGAGCGGUCGAUGUCACCUACCGUCGAGGCCUUCCCGCGUUCCUUAGGAAACAAUGAACG